CGGUUGCUGGGCACCUGGGACACGCAGGAGAGGGCUGCCAAAGGAAUCGUAAAUCUUAGCAUGUAUGCCACAGAAUCAAAAAGUCAAUCUUCAGAGGAUAAAGACUUUGAGACAAUUGUAUCCAGUGAGCCCUUUUAUACAGUGACACAGUAUUCAGAAGUCUCUAAUCCAGAGAUCCAACAUCUUGGUGAUGAUCAGAUUACUAAUGUAUAUGAAGAAAACUGCCUGUCAGAAAAAGAGGAAACAAAACCACAGAAAAAAACAAGAAUAUGUCCCUGUUGUCCUCCACAAGGAAGAUUGAAUAAAAUUAUUACAAAUGGAGUUCUACUUUUUAUGAUAUGGUGUAUAUCCUGGUCACUCAUUGGCUCUUUAGUACUCCCUGGUGGAAGUUUAUUCGGACUCUUAGUUAUUUUUUAUAGUGCUGUUAUUGGGGGAAAACUUUUGCAACUCAUUAGAAUACGUUCAGUGCCUCCACUCCCACCUCUUCUUGGGAUGCUAUUGGCUGGUUUUCUUAUCAGAAAUGUUCCAUUUAUCAGUAAGCAUGUCCGCAUUCAUACCACAUGGUCUUCAACUUUAAGAAACACUGCCCUUACCAUUAUCCUAAUACGAGCUGGGCUUGGACUCGAUCCACAGGCUUUGAAGAAUUUGAAGGGAGUUUGUCUGAGACUGUCUGUGGGUCCAUGUAUCAUGGAGGCCUGUUCAGCUGCUGUUUUUUCCCGCCUCAUUAUGAAAUUUCCCUGGGAAUGGGGAUUUCUAUUAGGCUUUGUGCUAGGUGCGGUCUCUCCUGCUGUUGUUGUUCCUUCCAUGCUGCUUCUGCAGGAAAAUGGAUAUGGUGUUGAGAAAGGCAUCCCAACCCUCCUGAUAGCUGCGAGCAGCUUGGAUGACAUCUUGGCCAUCACUGGAUUCAACACGUGCCUGAGCAUAGUCUUCUCUCCAGGUGGUGUACUGUUUAAUGUCGUAUCCUCCAUCCGGGACGUAGUUAUUGGUGUGCUGAUAGGAACUGUUCUGGGAAUUUUUGUUCAUUUUUUUCCAAGUAAAGAUCAGUCAAACCUUCCAUUGAAGAGAGCAACCCUUAUUUUGAGUAUGUGUAUUUCUGCUGUCUUAGGCAGCCACCGUAUUGGUUUGCAUGCAACUGGAGGAUUAUGCACACUAACAAUGUCUUUCAUUGCUGGGACAUCAUGGUCUAAAGAAAAGGUUAGAGUCCAAACUUUUAUUAAAGCUACAUGGGAUGUUUUUCAACCUCUUCUUUUUGGUUUAGUUGGAUCAGAAAUAUCUGUGUCAGCUCUUGAAGCAAAUAAGAUUGGCAUUUGUGUUGCCACUCUCAGUUUGGCAUUAUGUGUUCGAAUUUUAACCACAUUUCUGUUGAUGUGUUUUGCUGGUUUUAGUUUUAAGGAGAAAAUAUUUAUUGCUUUAUCAUGGGUGCCCAAAGCUACAGUCCAAGCUGUGUUAGGUCCUCUGGCUCUAGAAGCAGCAAGACUCACCACCGCACCCCACUUGGAAGCAUAUUCGAAGGAUGUGAUGACAGUAGCAUUUUUAGCCAUCUUGAUCACAGCUCCUAAUGGAGCUCUCUUUAUUGGCAUACUGGGGCCCAAAAUACUUGCACGCCAUUAUGAUCCAAACAAAAUAAAAUUGCAUUUGUCAGCAGCAGCAGCACAUCAUUAAAAGGUUUAUUUACUA